AUGGAGGUUUGUACACGAUCUGGUGUUUAUCGUGGGGUCGGGUGUAAUAAUGCGAGAACUGGAUUUGGAUUUAGACGGUUUCUGAGCUCAGCAAACUGGAGUCCUUGCAAUGACGGCAAUAUUGCUACCAUAUUACAUGUACGGAAGUUGUCUACGCUUUUAAAGAAAAAGAAUAGAACAGAUUCAGAAUUCACACAGUUGACUAAACAUUCAGUUUCUAGAAAUACUUUGCAUCACUCAAGUAAUAUCAGAAAUGGUUUAGACCAAGGACGAAGGACUAUUGAUCCAGUAGGAACAAUUAGACAUGCUAGGACAUAUGCCACUUAUAGGGGUCCCGGACGUGGCGGCCUGAUAUCAUCGGUCUGGAAUUUGGUCCCAGCGCCUGUGAGAGCAUUUACUGUAGUUGCAGGAACUGCUGCUGGAUUUUUUUUCAUCUCAGUCCCGCUACUAAUCAUAUGUGGACCACCACUAGCUUUGGGUCUCUGGCUGUAUACUCGCCGCAUGAAACGAAUUGCAAAUGAGUUGUAUCAUCAGAGAUGGAAUAACCUGGGUAGUUACCAUCUGACUUUUGAAGAUCAGCUUGAUCAAACUGCUAAGAGCCAGAAUCCCGCUGACGACUUGUUCACCAUUCUAAUGAACAAAGCUGGAGGUGCCACUAGCGAUGCUGAGCGAAUUGCUAGAGACAGGAUUUUGGAUGCUGUGGAAUCGGAUGAACAGAAUUUAGCUGGUCUUCUAAAUAUUAAAAAUCAACGUGAUAUUGAUAACCUGGGUCUAACUGGUCUUGAAGGUAUUCAACAGGACUUCAGAGGUUCGUCUCAGGGAUUCCAGGAGAAAAUGGAAAUUCGCACUCUAGGACUUGUGGACAAAGCUCAAUCCCCUCCACGCCGUCUAGCAAAUGUGACACUUGUAAUUCAGAGUGAUGGAUAUCGAAACAAGAAAAUGAGAGUAGAGCUGGAAGUGUUAGCUGGGUACCUUCGAUCGAGUGAACGCAUUAUUCUUGAUGCCAACCCUGUGGGUGAUAAAUCUAGUGGUUCACAGAGUUCAUCCUACGCUCAGGAUACAAUUAUAGAGGUGGAUCCAUCUCAUUACCGUAGAACUAAGUGA